GUCACAAGAACAAGCAGAAGGACGCCUCUUUCCAUCUCUUCUUCGCUCGGGCAAUGGAAGGGGAAGCUGCUUCUCGACCUCCGAGGCCGUUCAUGGGGGUGAAGGCCCGCCGCGGAGCCUCCUUCCGCCGGGACGUCAAGGGUGAUUACCUCGACGUCCCCUCCGACCCCUUCCUCUCCGCCAUCUUGUCCAAGCAAGGAGAUGAGACACUUCUAUUUGCUGACAAGGUCUUGAAGUGUACAGGCACUGGAAAGAUGAAGCGGUGUAUAUUAAUGAUUACGGGUUCUGCUAUCUAUCUUGUUGAUCCAGAUGCUGAUGUAUUGAAACGACGAAUUAUGCUUGCAUCUAUCGAUAAGAUAUGUUUGAGCAAGCUGAGUGAUAACUUCUUUGCGGUCAUUGUUCCAAGUGAAUAUGAUUGUCUUAUGGCCAGCACCAGGAAAACAGAAAUUGUUACUGUCCUCGUUGAAGCUUCCAAAAUCAGAUCAGAAUAUGAGAUUGGAGUGGUUUUCUCCAAUAGGUUCGAGUAUCGUGCUGCUGCUGACAUGGUGAAGGAAGUUCGGUUUGCGGAAGUAGACGGGGGCAUUAAAACAAGGAUCGUGAAGAAAUAUCGUUGACAUUUGAGUUUGACUAGCACCCUGAAAGCGGCCUUGUACUAGAUUAGACUUGUCUCCUACUCUUGAUCGUUGAUUUGUCGUCAGUCUCCUGUGUGCCUUUAUGCAAUUUCACAUGUUGCCGUAAAGGCUGUAAUCAAGUUAACUCGGUUUAAAUUGUUGCAGAUGCUUCCUCGA